CCACACAGGACACAAUGUGGAUUGCUGUGAUGUACUUUUGGGGGGCCCUGUUAGCAUAUUCGGCGUGUGACAGCUGCCCAGAGUCCGAGGACACUGCUUCAUGGGUCAAGCUGAAGCCCCUUGAGCACUGCCGGGAUGAGGAGACCUUUUGCCCCUACCAAAUCACCCUCCCCCCUCUCUCUAUCCAGUUGCCCAGGCCCUUUAAGGAGCUGGAGAAGAUGGCCAAAGAGCUACAGAACCUAAAGGAGGCAGUGAACCAGCUGAGGAGGGACUGUCAGGAGUGUAAGCACAAAAAGAGUGCCGAGAGGUGUGGACAAAAGGACCAGAGUGAGCAAGGGGAGGCAAUGAGAGCUCAAAGUCCAAGGCAUAACGUCACCAUUAUGGACAGACAAAGUGACAUUCCCAGUGGAGAACAAGUGGUCCAGAUCGUCACAUCAACCUUAGGAGACACACUAAGUGAGAGAAACAUCAGAGUUGGUAUGAAGAGGCUGGAUCCCGCCAUUUUGGAAAGACAAGGAUGGACCAUUGACAGAAGGACUGAUGUAGACCAAGGAACCACCGAUCAGAGGUCUGAGAUGAGCAGAGAAGUAAAAAUAUUAAAUCCAUCCCUUUCAGGAACACCAGAGGACAUAUAUAAGGCAAAAGAGGUGGCUUCACCUACAACUGAUCAACUAGGCGAAUCAAUUGAACCCUCCCUUCCUAGAAAUCAAGAUGACAUACAACCCAUAACCCAUGGGAAACAGCAGUUGAACAUUCUCAAGGAUGGCAAUGUAAAGAACAUCAGUGGCAUCCUGUCAGUAAGAAGGAGGGAGCAGAAUGUGCUGUAUAAGAAUGGAUUAAGCAGUAUUUCAGGUAAUGCCAACACUAAGACAAUGGAUUUAGGCCCAUCAUCUGAGAACAAAAGGGUCAUAAACUUUCCUGGAGUAGGUGGAGAGCUGAGACCAAAGACAUAUGUAAACAGCAGAGGUGCCAAGUUAAGAAAUGAGGACAGAUUGAAGAACCCUACAGUGUUGAGGAAGCCAAAUCCACAAGCUGGGGACAGGACAGUAAAGAUUGGGUCUAGAAGGACUAGAUUGUCCUCAGUGGGGACUGCCAUUAUGCAGGUAAAAGAAACAAACCCUUAUAUAGCAGACACAAACCCUGGGACAAGCAGUGGACUAACCCCAUCAACUGACAACCAAAAGAUUGAAAACAAACAAGAUGCAAGCAGGGUUCUUACUUCAACAAUAGACUACAGACAAGGCCUGAAAGAUGCAAGCCAAGUAACUAUUGUUGAGGUAGAAAGCUCCAGAAAGCUAAACAAGUCUGAGAUUGCAACUAAAUUGAGAAAAGUAUACCAAGGUGACAUGAAUCAAAAAACAACAAAUAAAUCAAUCUCUAGUGUUAUGGACAGAGAUGAACAGCCAAACAUGGUUAAAGAAGAGAAUGAACAUGUGGGAUUUAAUGUAAGUCUCGUAAUUACAAGUAACGAGGCAAAGAAUAGUACCAAAGCAAGCAGAGCAGACUCAUCCUCUCCACAAAGACAGGUUGACAAUGAAAGGUUUUUAAACCCAAUUAAAGAAACAGAAACUGUACAAAGGGAACAAAAUAUUUUGGAUAGGGUUAAUAGCUCUUUAAAUGCAAUGGAAGGUAAUCCAUUGGCUUCAGAUCUUAAAGAUCAGAGGCUAUCAGGAACGUUCACUGAUGUUGAACAUUCAGAGGCAGCCAAAGAGGAAAUCGCUUUUAACUCACUGAGUGCAAGGACUGUAAAAAAGGAAAUCUUGAGCAAUGCUAAAGCCACCUUGGAGGGAACAGAUCUUGUGAGCCCCACCCUUACCCCAACUGUGAAGAGCAGUAAAUCAACAGAUGUUCCAGUGAGUACAGCCAAUAAGACUGAAUCACUUGUAGUAGGCCAGAUAUCAAAAAUAACUUCUACACCCAGUUCAAUAUUUUCACCCAAAGCUAAAAGUGGAGAGGACGGGUUAAACAUUGCCACUUUAAACAGCAAAAGGACCAUUAGCAAGAUACAAGAACCCAGUCAAAACAAGAUGAGAUCUGUGAAAAAUAUCACACAGAGGAUGCCGAAACUCCCUAAACGUCCUGACAGACACCCAACAUCUUUGAUUCCAUUUAGAGAACCCAAACAACCCAAUGUGUUGACCAAAGUGUCAGUAAAUGGUAGUGUCUUGCUCCGUCCUAAGCUUCCCUUCUCAGGCAGAGGAAGAAAUGGCACUGGAUUGAUCAAACCAAUCUACAUAAGGAAAAGGCCAACUUUUCAAACUGUGCCUACAACAAACAAUCCAAACAGAGGUUUAAAGACAAAGGAAAGUAUGACGCCUAAAUUCAUCAGGCCUAUUGGGGCAACAUCUACUAAAGAACAGAAUCAGAACCAAGAAACUAAAGACACCAUUCAGGUGAGGGGUGCAAACGUAUUGGAGAAUCACAGGUUGGCCAUAACCAAUAUAGAGUCAAAAUCACUACCAGGGAGUGAGACUCAACAUGAAAGUGAUAUACUAGAUUUGGACACCUUUAAACACAGUAACACCCGGGUUGGAGAACACAGCAGAGAUAAACAGAUGAUCUCAAACAUGGUGAAUGGUACAGAGAACCAAAACAAAGAGGAUUUAAAAUACACUCUACAUAGUGGGGACACAAAUUCAGCUACGGGUGAAGAAGAAAACAAGCAAUUCAGCUUAGGAACUGCUGAUACCAAAGGUGAAACCCCAUUUGGAGUGGACAAGAUCAGCAGUGGGAGGAAAAUGUCAACGCCUCAACAUUUAGAACCAACUACACCCACUCUGAUGAAAGGAAUAUCAGGGGUAAAUGCAACUCCAUUCAUGACCUCCAAUGAUGCAACAGUCUCAAUUACGGACACAGACCAUGAAGAAAGAACAAAAAACAUUCCUAAACUUACAAACACUCUUGUUGAAAUAUUUAAAAACAUCAGUCAGAAAACUGCCUUGACACCCAUAAGCUUUGAAAACACCGGAGCAACAAGUGAACUGGAGCUUAUUAAACUUAAUGAAGACAGAGUGAAAGACCACUCAGGGGAGAUAUUAUCUAAUCCAAAUAGUGUGCACAAUGUCCAAGGCAAUAAUGGAGAAAAAGACACAAUCCCAGUUGUUUUGGAAAGGCUUACAAAUGUUGAAGAAAUAAAGAGAGCCAAACUGUUCUCACUUAGCCCUGAGGACACAGCUGAGGGAUUUAAAUCAAAUGCAAUCAGUGAUGAGGUAACUGAGAGAGACCAAGAAGUAAACAAGCUCCACAGCACCUGUCGUGGUGAUUGUGACACCACUCCAACCGAACGGCCUAAAACCCACAACGGGCCUCCAUUUGAUUCAGAAAGAGACAAAAGACCUGCACAGGACUGCGCUGAUUACAUAACGAAAACACGAAAGAAUGGCAUAUACAGAGUCAUGCCACGAUCAAAGAACAGCCCAUUCCAUGUCUUUUGUGAUAUGGGGUCCUCCAAUGGGGGUUGGACCUUGAUUCAGCGUCGAUUUGACGGCAGCACUAGUUUCAAUCGCUCAUGGGAUGAGUACAAGAGGGGAUUUGGUAAACUAAUGGGUGAGUUUUGGCUUGGCAAUGACAAGAUCCACUGGCUGACUAAGGCGAAAAACAUGUCAUUGCGAAUAGAACUCGAAGACUUCAAAGGGAACAAAGAAUAUGCCCUUUAUAAACACUUUUAUGUGGCCAAUGAGAGCCAACAAUACCGUAUGUCCAUUGAUGGUUAUUCUGGUACAGCUGGUAAUGCCAUGCAGUUAAGUAAGAAGUACAAUCACAACCAGAAGCUCUUCAGCACUCCAGACAGAGACAAUGACCAGUAUCCCUCUGGAAACUGUGGAGCAUAUUACAGCUCAGGCUGGUGGUUUGAUGCAUGCAUGUCUGCAAAUUUAAAUGGAAACUAUUAUAACACAAAAUACAAAGGGGUACGCAAUGGGAUAUUUUGGGGCACCUGGCACAAUAUUACAAUGGAAUAUUACCCAACAAAUUACAGAAAUUCUUUUAAGACUGUCAGAAUGAUGGUCAGACCGAAAAACUAUGUAAACUAAAACCUACAUACUAAUCCAAAAACUAUUAAUCUAAUAGUUAAGCUAAAGAAAAAUUAAGACAUCUUUUGAAUUUAUACAAUAGAAUAAAACUGCCAGUAGCUAAAAUAAAUGUAAUUGCUACUGUUAUGGCUUUACCAUUACAACAUACUUUGAGUGUCAAGACGCGGAGGAAAUUGGAGGGAAGAGAGAAAAAAAAAAGUUUGUUUAUCUAUAUUUAUUUUGAACUGCCCUCUCAUGUUUUGCCAAAUUUUGCAUUCCAUAAAAUAUAUAUCAACCUGUGCAGAUUCUGUUUUGAGAAGCAAAGUAUUAGUACUAGUAUAGUAAUAUUAGUAUUUUUGUGUAGCAUAGUGUAUUUUGUCAUGCACUUAAAACUAAUGUUUUAAGUCUGGGCCAGUGGAUAUGCCCCAUUUAAUGUCAUCAUCACAUUAUGAUAAUCAUGUUAUGUUUGAAUAUUUUUGUCUCUAUAACUUUCUAAUAUUGUUAUUGUAUGUUGUAGGAAUUUGAUAUGCUUUAUGGUUGAAAACUACAUUCUUGAGUAAAAGGUUAUUUUUAUAUACUCUAAUGAAAUAUUCAACCCUCCAAAAGAUGUUUUGUUCAGACGACUCUUUCUAAGAGGAAUCUUCAACUUAAAGAGUAAAUAAGAGUAAACCUUUAAUUACUUCAAAUUAAUCAAUCAAUCAUUAAAAAUACACAGUAAAAACCUUGGACACUUUAGAUGUGGAAAAUCAAUUAACUGCAAUUUAAAGGAAUGUUCUGGUUUCAAAGUUAAGCUCAAUCAACAUAAUAUGUGGCAUAAUGUUUUUUACAACAAAAAAUGAUGUUGACUCAUCCCACAAUUAUUUAAAAAACAAACAAAAGUUAGUUACAUUUACAAUGGAAAAGAAUGGGGCAAAUCUCUAGAUUUAUAAACAUUAAAAUACCUUAAUGUUUCAGCCACAAGAUAAACAAUACACAGUACAUGUUAACAUGACUUUAGUGUGUUAAAUUGACUUACUAACCUAAUCGGUUUUUAAAACGUCAUAUACAGUAUAACAACUUCACUGUCAUGAUGAUGCAACAGCAGUAAAUGCUGUUGUGCCAAAUUUCACAAUAAAAUCAUUUUUACAUGUAUAAUAUUUACAUAUUGUGGCUAUACAUUUUAACAGUGUAUAUUUUAACAUUUAUGGACAAGCCACAUUUACUUCCAUUUACUUACUUUAAAUGCAAUUUUUUUUUUUUCAUUGCAAAUCCUUUCUAUCAAACUAACCGGAGAAGUUAA